AUGGGCAGGAAGCUCAGAACCACCUUGCCCAUUCUACAGGAUAGUCUGAACCCACGCUGGCCUGAUUUCGAGAAGAUACAUCAAGCUAAUGCUUCAGCUAAACAGAAGCAGGCACAAUUUUACAAUCGCAGAAAUGGAGUGCAGUGGCUGUCACCACUGAGCCCAGAGGACCCUGUGCUCACCAAACUUGAUGGACGAAAACAAUGGACAAUGCCAGCUGUGGUUCAGAGUGCCAGCUCCACACCCAGGUCAUACAUAGUGGAGACGACACAAGUUAAAACACAGACAUUCACUUACUACCUUUUUUCCACCAACACAGGACAAGAAAAUGUGAAGCUCACCGCCCACCUGGAAGAACUCCACAGCAAGUUCAUCCAAGACAGCGAGGACAAGGACGACCUGAACCAGCUGUGCUUCAACAUGGAGAAGGCCCACUGGCAUUAUUUGGAUGUUUAUAUGCCCCAAUGUCCAAGACUGCCAAAACUGUCACUGGAACAGUUUGUUCACCUCUUCUUCAACCACUUUCCCUAUCUGCUGCCCAAUGGGGAGAACGUACACAGUGUCCUUCGGAAGUGGUACGAGUACAGGAAGACUAUCCCCAUCUACGGUGCCAUUAUUUUGGACAAGACCAUGAGAGACGUGUUGCUGGUUCAGACUUUCCAUGGGCGCUGGUCCUUUCCCUCUGGAAAACUGGACAAGGGUGAAAAGCAAAUAGACUGUGGUAUCCGUGAAGUGGAGGAGGAGACUGGUUUCGACAUUAAGAACAAAAUCUGCCAACACAAUUAUAUUGAAGUAAAAAUAGCAAAUCGGGUGACCGGGCUAUAUAUAAUUGUUGGUGUGUCCAAGGACACCAUUUUUCAGCCAAAAACUGUGAAUGAAAUUCAGGACAUUCAAUGGUUUUCAAUUGACAAACUGUCUCAAAAACAUCAAUUUGAACGGGGACACAACAAAUUUUACACAGUCACAAAAUUUAUCAGGCCAUUACAAAGGUGGAUUGACACGCAUCAAAGCCUGUCUCAGGGCAGACUCACAGCCAGCAGUUCCUGGAGACCUUCACCAUCAGGUUUUGACACUUGGGCUGCACGGCGCCUCCAGGAGUAUGAGACCCGGACAGCAGAUGGGUGGAGCAAGAGAAAGGACUAGAAUCAUCUG